AUGAUGGGAUACGGGUACGACGAACUGCUACCAGGCGCGGUUGCGGAUUUUGAAAACUCGGAAUUUUACGCUAGUCUUGGCACAGACGAAGCCGAAAAAAAGCAAAAUUUUGAUCAGGCUUCGCGUGAGAAAAUGCGGUGGCGUCCACAGCUCUUCAAGGCCCUGCAAUUCGCAUUACGAGCUAUUAGGUCCUAUACGUACAAGGAAAGCGAGUCGAAAUGGAUAUCGCAUAAGCGUCAGUCGAAGAAAGUCGCGGACGAAAUUAUCGACGAUGGGGCAGUAAUAGGAGACGACGACGACCUAUCCACUGCUGAUGAGUGA